AUUGUAGAAUCGUCUGAAGCAACAGCCAUGAUAAUAACUGUUGACGAAUACAGCAGAGAUAUUUCCCAGCUGACAAGCUUACUGCAAAGUCGGAAAAUAAAAGUCGUAACUGCGGAGUCCUCCUCUUUGGAAAAUUUGAAGAGCCGUCACGACUGGUUGGAGAAAACAGUGUCCAGCAGCAACCAUUACAUCUUUAUCGUUAACAAACAAAUGGAUGAAAUAUUCAAAGCAAAAUUUAACGAACCACUGAAGGAAAAGACGGAAAUUUCAAGUAAUUGGUCGACAGAGUAUGAGGGUGGGGCAUGCGCAUAUACGAUAGUUUUGAUUAGAAAUGAAUUCAUUAGAAGCUUGACAAAUUCCGGAAGUUCACUCAAAUCUUGUCAUCUUGUGAGUUUUGAGGAAGAUGAUGAAAUGAUCCUUUCACAACUGAAGCACAAAUUCAGUUUAUUUCAGUGCAUCAAAACACACUGCUACAACCUGUACUCUAACAAGCAAUUCAGAUAUAAUGCAGCAUGCCGUAUAAUAAACAAUAUCAAGAAAACAGAAAAAUCGAGAGACAGCAAGGCUGCUCAUCAAAUCUCAUCAGGCAAUCAUAAGCAGACAGUAAAUGACUUGGAUAUCGAAAGUGCCUUUUUAUCUGUAAAUAUUUCUUCAAAGCAUUGCUUCAUUCCUCUAUCCACAACUGAAGACACGGAUUCAGGAUCAGAUCUGGAUGUCACAAGUGAUUUGUUGGAAAAAUAGACCUAGAAUGGACCUAGGUUAAGAAUAUCUUAUUUAAACUAGCUGGGGAAAAUCUCGUGUUUCGAUAUUAUGUGUUAAGAAGUAUUUUUUUAAUAGGUAUUAAGUAACUUGUGGAGUUAAUUAAUAUACAAGUUAAAGUUUUUUUAUUGUUUGAUAUUUUUAAACCCUAUAUCUUGUUAUCUUUUAUGUUGAUCUUUUGUAUUGUUUCGUAGCAUUCUUACUGUAGUGUGAAUAUUCCUAUUUAAGUUCGAUUCUCGAUGUAUCACCUGCUGCUAAAUCAGCACAACAUUUAGUUCAAUCCUGUUUGGAUUUAAAACAAAACUUUUGCUUAUUAUAAAUUAACCAUUAACGCUUUAAUUGUUUUGUUUCAUAAGGUUUUGCAAAAGCAAUUACACAUGUAGUAAUUUGUACAUUGUUUUAAUAGAUAUCAUGUACUUAAGUAUGACAGAGAGAUGUCUAGUCAUUUCAGCAUAAAAAAUGCAGCUUACAUAUUAUUCUAAUAAAGUAACAUGCAUUUAGCCUGCUAUAUUAUUACAACAGUUUACAAUUUAUUUUAUUUUUGAAACAUGAAAAAUACGCAUACAGUUUAACUGAAUAUUGCCUAAUCCCUGUCUCUGAUUUAUUAUCUAAUUAUUUUUAAUUAUGAUCGUUGCUUCGAAAUUAACUAGUCAAUAAAUGAAAAAUAAAUAAUUAAUAAUAUACUUGAAUUAUACACAGUUAUAUGUCUCCGGGAAUAGAUACAUGUAUACGUAUUGGUGUAUCCCCAAACACAGGUCUCAAUAAACAAAUCUCAUCAGAAAUACAAUUUAUAUUAUUAAAUUUUAGCACACUCUUUAAACUUGUUUUUCACUUUUUUAACUUUUUAUUUUUUAUUACUGAAUGUUUUAUUCAAUAUUUUUAGAUUUGUCUUGUUUGUAUCAAUAACAACAAUUUAUUUAAUAUCGUACAAUUUUUUAUUUCCUUGACGGUUUUGAUUUAAUUCUGUGUGAUACAUGUAUUCUUAAUUAAUGAAGUGUAUUUGUAUAUGGUUAUUUAUUUUUAACAAACAUGAUUAACGUAGAAUUUCUUUUUUGCUGUAUUUGCUUAAUUUAUAUUAUAC